CAAGACACAACAAGACAGCGUUGCACCAUGUGAUUUGUUCUCUUAGUUGCACGUUUUUCGGUUCCUCUCACGUACCACCGCUCAUGAGAGAUAAAAAAGACGAGAGCUCAGCGCACUGGAGGUGCAUCAGCACUCGAAAUGACAGCCAAGACGAGGAGAUGCUUGGAGAAGGAAAAGCCCAAUCGAGGUGGGCCGCAUGCCUAAUGGCCUAAAAGCAUCCUCUCUGCCAUUGUCUAAUCUAAGCUACCAUGUUCUUAUUUUCAGUUGUUUUUUCAGUUUCUGAGUCAAAUUGUGCUGCCGGGGGCGAGGUUGAUCGGUGAGGGUGUACGACAUCUGCAGGCAGGGAGGAGAUUGAGAUGACCCCCAGUAGUGCCCUUCCUUCAGUUAAUAGGGAAGGGCAGAGCCUGGUUCCGUAGGUCCGUUGUUCGUUGGGCAGCGCCGUCCAUCGAUAAGGGCAGGAGAGAUUUUUGCCGCCUGAGGUGCAGGAGAAAGUCCGGGAGCGGCCCCCCCCUCUCUCUCUUUCUGAAAUUGAGUUCCUGGAGAUUCUGGACUGUGGAGGGAAGAGGGCAGGGCGUCAUCUUCCAGUUUCGUUCUCUUCUGGGUGUUGGAAUUGGGAAAGAGGGCCGAGAAUUUUGAAGAAUGGGGAGUUUUGUGGGUGGGCUUUCCUCCACUUCCUCCUCGUAUCUCACGGUGAGGUGAGGGAAGGGGCUGGAAGAUAAAAGGGAAAGAGGGACCCCCCCAAAAAAGGAGGAAAAGAUUUACAAAUACCCGCGAAAAGGACGUUAACGGGUUAUUCCAGAAAGCACCCCCUCCCCCUUCUCUCUCUCUCUCUCUCUUCCUCUCUCUCGCAGGGAGGGUUCUUCUCCUAUCAACCACUGGUCAUCGUUAUCAUCCAUAGUUAGCUGGCCGGCCGGGGAGCGAGGUGGAAUCGCUCGCCCGUCUGACUCCGCCAUGGGUUCCGAUUUCUCUCGCCCGGACAGUCAGGUCUCCAGAUGGUUAGCUACCGGUCUGCUGGGGGGUUUCAUUCUCACGGCGUCCGCCCUAGGCUUCUUUCUGGGUUUCCCCAACCAUAGCCUCCCACCUCUGCUGGGGGGCAGCGAUAGUUGGUGGUGGAAGAGGAACAAGAAGAAGCCCGUCAGGGUGUAUAUGGACGGGUGCUUCGACAUGAUGCACUACGGCCACUGCAACGCCCUCCGCCAAGCUCGUGCUCUCGGCGACCAGCUUGUCGUCGGAGUCGUCAGCGACGACGAGAUCAUUGCCAACAAAGGUCCGCCGGUUACCCCUCUCCAUGAGAGGAUGAUAAUGGUCAACGCCGUGAAGUGGGUGGAUGAAGUCAUUCCAGAUGCUCCUUACGCGAUAACGGAAGAAUUCAUGAACAAGCUUUUUGAUGAAUAUAAGAUCGACUACAUAAUUCACGGAGACGAUCCCUGCCUUCUCCCUGAUGGAUCCGAUGCGUACGCCCUCGCCAAGAAGGCUGGCCGAUACAAGCAGAUCAAGCGGACUGAAGGAGUUUCAAGCACGGACAUCGUUGGCCGGAUGCUUCUUUGUGUGAGAGAGAGGUCACUCAAUGACAGCCAUAACCAUGCAUCUUUGCAGCGGCAAUUCAGCCAUGGGCACAGCCAUAAGAUUGAAGAUGGAGGGGUAACUGCAAGUUCGACACGGAUAUCACAUUUCCUGCCUACAUCUCGAAGGAUUGUACAAUUCUCCAACGGCAAGGGGCCAGGGCCAGAUGCACGCAUAGUGUAUAUAGAUGGUGCAUUUGAUCUUUUCCAUGCUGGACAUGUAGAGAUCUUGCGACUGGCUCGUGGACUUGGAGACUUUUUGCUUGUUGGUAUCCACACUGAUCAAACCGUCAGUAACAAUAGAGGGGCACAUCGUCCAAUUAUGAAUCUGCAUGAAAGAAGCUUAAGUGUUUUAGCUUGUCGAUAUGUGGAUGAGGUUAUAAUUGGUGCUCCGUGGGAGGUGUCAAAAGAUAUGAUCACUACAUUUAACAUCUCCUUGGUGGUCCAUGGAACUGUUGCUGAGAACAUGGAUUACACGAAGGGCAACUGCAAUCCAUAUGCUGUCCCAACGAGCAUGGGUAUCUUCAAGGAGCUGGAAAGUACUUUGGACAUCACAACCACUACAAUCAUCAAAAGGAUUGUCGCUAAUCACGAGGCCUACCAGAAGCGGAAUGAAAAAAAAUCAGAAAGCGAGAAGAGGUAUUACGAGGGGAAGACCUUUGUUGGUGACGAUUGACCUUACAAAGCUCAGCGGAGACAAGACCGUAGUAAUGUUUUAAGGGGACCAAUAUCCCCUCUUUAAUCUUCCUUAUCUGAAGAGAGGCGGCUUAGCACUGGUCAGGCGUUUGUUGAGAAGCUCGGUCUGCUAGUUUGUCCUCUUAUUUAUUUCCAUGAUGCUUUGGGAUUUGACAGCCAGGUCGCCUAGCGAAUGGUUAGCUCUGUUUCUAUAUAAACACCGUGCUAUAACCAGCGCUGCUUCCUACAUUGUGGCGCAGAAGCGCAAGCAUCACCUUGACCAUGUCUUUUUUCUGGUUUCCUAUUUAACCUCCUUGUACGAGUUUUGGAGUGAGUUACAUUUUGUAGAGUGCAGAUUGCCUUCCCUGGAGCAUUUUUGCGUGUUUUGCAAGAUCAAGUCGGAAAUUGGGAUAAUGAAGUUUCAAUUGAACAAAAAUGGAAAAGACUAAAGAGAAAAAGUGUUCGAAGUUUUAUCUGA